AUGAUGCAGGCGAAGGAAAAUCGUAUAGGUCGGUGGUACUUUGGUGGUUUGGCAUCUGCGGGCGCCGCUUGCUGCACACACCCUCUUGAUUUGUUGAAAGUUCAUCUUCAAACUCAACAAGUGGGGAGGAUGUCAAUGGGGCAAAUGGCCGUUAAAUUGUACAAAACCGAUGGGGUCCUUUCGUUUUAUAACGGUUUGUCGGCAUCUCUUCUUCGUCAGCUUACAUAUUCAACUACUCGAUUCGGGAUGUAUGAGACCUUGAAGAAACAGUUCCCGUCAGAUCAGCCAUUACCAUUUUAUCAAAAGGCGUUCCUUGCCGGAGUGUCUGGUGCGUGUGGCGGUUUUGUAGGAACUCCGGGUGAUCUAGUAAAUGUGAGGAUGCAGAAUGACGUUAAGCUUCCUCCACCAGAAAGACGUAAUUAUAAGCAUGCUGUUGACGGUGUCUUUCGCAUCCUCAGAGAAGAAGGAUUAGCACGUCUAUUUGGAGGUGUGUUUUUUUUACCGCCCUUGGAUUAA